AUGCAUGCGAACCAUGUACUUGUAGCCUUUUUCUACACUGAACGACCACGUCAUAUUCACAUUGGGGAUAGAAUUAUCGGAGCUCUUUAUUACUCUUGCGGUGUUGUAAACGUUAUCCGGCCCAACUUCCCGACUAGCGCCACCUGUCCGGUAGAAUUCAGGUACUCAUCGUCCGUGACCCAAGUCCUCCACAGAGAAUCAUUAAAAGGCGUCACUUUGAACCCUCCCACGUUCACUCUAUGCACAGUCUCAAACCCAUUUAUCAACAACCCAUCAACCUUCUCAUUCUUUCCAAAAUCAACCAGCUGCGCCACGUCAGCAAUCAGAUCUCGCGGAGCAGAGAUCACCUCAAUGGCGUUCACAAAUCCGAUUUUUGAUUUAUCCGAGGGUACGAACCUCGUCGGCGGCGGCGGCGAUCGGGAUCGCGAACUCCUUAAUCACGGGGAAAUCGCCGCUUUGGGGGAUACGAUAAUUGCGCAGCAGCAAAAAUCCGUCGACCAGGACAUGAAAUUCAGACUCGUGCAAAUUGUGGCAAUCGUUUUCAAUCGGGUAGAAGUGGAGGCGUACCAGGUGGUGGGUGGUCCCGCGGUCUCUGAUGGGGAAAACGUAGUGCGCGGGCCGAUCGAAGGCUCUGGCGGUGGCGUAGAGCUGGGACGAGGGUACAUGAGCUGGAUCCGAGCUCUCGAUCAUUAUCGUCCGCGUGGAGGUGAGAAAUCGGGAAUCGUCGCGGGCGAAGGCCCGGUGAUCGAAGUCCCGCGUAACGGGCACGCGUGA